AUGGCCAUGGCCUCGCCAGCACACAAACCACGCCGGAGGAGAAAGAUUGAAGAAGGCUCCCUCGCGCACGUGAAUCACGGGACACUCGAUCUCGAUGAAUCUACCAACGUACGAAAACCGGCCUUUCCGCUCGUUGCAUUCCUCUGGCCCGCGAAGGGUACUGUGUCGCAAUGGGUCACGAUUCCUCUGGUGCUGAUGGUCGUGGGGUUGUUCCGAUGGACCACCAGCUUAUGGGGCUACUCUGGCUUCCAGUCGCCGCCAAUGCACGGGGACUUUGAAGCGCAGCGUCACUGGAUGGAGAUUACGAAGCAUUUGCCCGUGUCUCAAUGGUACUUCUAUGACCUGCAAUGGUGGGGACUGGACUACCCUCCACUUACGGCAUACCAUAGCUGGAUCCUAGGCAUCAUUGGCUCUGCAAUCAACCCCGAAUGGUUCGAGCUCUACGAGUCGCGAGCUCUCGACGAUCCCUCCCUCAAGGUCUUCAUGCGUGCGACUGUCUUCGUUUCCGAAUAUCUCGCCUACAUACCCGCGGUCGUCAUCUUCCUUCGCCGUUACUCCCGCCUCGAGGGCGUCAACAUCUGGGAGGCCUCAAUUGCCCUGGUAGCAAUCCUUAUGCAGCCUGCGACCAUUCUGAUCGACCAUGGACAUUUCCAAUACAAUACGGUCAUGCUUGGGUUUGCAGUCGCAACCAUGUCGAGCAUGAUAGCUGGCAGGCCUCUGUGGGGCUGCGUCUUCUUCGUCGGUGCGCUGGGCUUCAAGCAGAUGGCGCUAUUCUACGCGCCAGCCGUCUUUGCUUACCUGCUCGGCAUAUGUCUGUUUCCAAGGAUCAAUAUCGUGCGGUUCCUUGCCAUUGCUUUGACCACAGUGGCCGCGUUCGCUGUCUUGUAUCUGCCAUUCAUGCUGGGCGUUGCGUAUGAUGUCUACGAGGGCAUCGCGUACGACAAGCUUCCUCUACCGCCUCUCAUGGAGUCUUUGCCAAUGGACUGGGACGCGCAGGCCUGGUACUACCCAUUCGCUUUGCAGCUGGCGCAGUCUGUCCAUCGUAUCUUCCCAUUCUCGCGCGGUCUUUUUGAAGACAAAGUCGCCAACAUCUGGUGCACCGUCCACACUUUCCACAAGCUCCAUCGAUACCCUAUCGAACUCCUCCAGCGCUUGGCUCUGGGUGCAACCUCAGCAGCUAUACUGCCGCCAUGUCUGAUCAUAUUCUUCAAGCCCAAGAGGUCACUACUGCCUCUUGCUUUUGCGGCUGUUUCCUGGGGCUUCUUCCUUUGCUCGUAUCAGGUUCACGAGAAAAACGUAUUGCUUCCAUUGCUGCCCAUGACGCUUCUUUUAAGUGGCAAAGAGGGAUUGUUACCAUCUACUCGCGCUUGGGUCGGACUAGCCAACAUGCUCGGUGUCUGGACUAUGUACCCGCUGCUCAAGAGAGACGAACUUCGCGUUCCAUACUUUGUCAUCUCCCUCCUCUGGGCCUACCUAGUUGGCUUGCCCCCAGUGUCCUUCUCGGCAUAUCACGAAGGAAGCCGGAGUGGACUCAAUCUGAUCAGCAAGAUACUCCACCUCAACAUCUACAUGGCCAUGGUCGGCUGGCACGUUGCGGAGGCCUUCUUUCCGCCUCCUGCCGACAAGCCGGAUCUCUGGAUCGUCGCAAAUGCUAUUGUCGGGACCGGCGGAUUCGGCCUGUGCUACCUUUGGUGCUUGUGGCGAUUGAUUGCUAAGAGCGAACUUUUUGGCGCUGCCAAGAGCAAGACGUUGUAG